GGGCAACCUCAUAAAGGUACUGGGCAAAGACUUAGAAAACUGCCCUCAUUUUUUCCUGGAUUUUGAAAGUUUCACAUGGGGAACCUUCUAAAAGUGUUGACUUAUAACGAGCUUGACCAAGGCCCUAAUUUUUUCCUUGACUUUGAAAGUGAGAUGGGAUUUUUAUUUCCCUUUUUCGUUCCGUGCUUCUCCUGAGUUCCACAUCCUCACCAUUUUGAGUUCUCGUCCCCGCCGCCCAUCGCAUCGCGCCCAUCCCAGACGUCCUCCCCUCACCUUUGCUGUCCAGGGGUCUCCCCGGGGAGGGGGGGGCCGCGGCCGCAGACCCAUGGCCGGGGGCUAUCGCUCCCCACCUCUUCCCCGGGGCAGUUUGCAGCCCGUCGGGGCUGGGGGCUGCUCGAGGACCCCCCCCCCCCCCGUGUGCAGGACCACGGUCGCAGGGCAGCCAGGACUCACCCCCACCCUCCCCAGCCUCUGGCUUGGCUCAGUCUUGAGCAAGGAGAUGGACGAGGGGGAGAAACCCGCCAGGAAGGGCUUUGGGCCGGCGGGGGAGCCGCGGGAGCGGGGCGCUGCUCCCCACCUCGGCUCUCGCCUCUCGGGGCCCCGCUCAGAGCCCUCCGGGUUUCUCUCCCCGGGGCUCUGCCCUGCAGAUGCGCAGCCGACGGCGGCCGAGACUGCGGUGUGGAACCCGGUGAACGCGGUGCUGGAGGAGGCGCAGGCGGUGCUGGCCGAGCUCCAGUCCUACACGGGCGCGGGGCAGGAGAUCCGGGAGGCCAUCCAGAACCCCGCGGACCCGCGGCUGCAGGAGCGCGCCUGGGGCGCCGUCUGCCCGCUCGUCGCGAAGCUGAAGCGCUUCUAUGAGUUCUCCCUGCGCCUGGAGAACGCGCUGCGGAGCCUGCUGGAGGCCCUCACCAGCCCCCCGUACGCCCCGACCCAGCACCUCGAGCGGGAGCAAGCCUUGGCCAAGCAGUUCGCAGAGAUCCUGCACUUCACCCUCAGCUUCGAUGAGCUCAAGAUGACCAACCCUGCCAUCCAGAAUGACUUCAGCUACUACAGAAGGACCAUCAGCCGAAACCGCAUCAACAACCUGCAGCUUGAGGCAGAGAGCGAGGUGAACAACGAGAUGGCCAACAGGAUGUCCCUUUUCUACGCCGAGGCCACCCCUAUGCUCAAAACACUCAGCAACGCCACCACCAAGUUCGUUUCCGAGAACAAGACGCUGCCAAUCGAGGACACGACCGACUGCCUGAGCACCAUGGCCUGCGUCUGCAGGGUGAUGCUGGAAACCCCAGAAUACCGGAGCCGCUUCACCAACACCGAGACCCUCCUCUUCUGCAUGCGGGUCAUGGUUGGUGUCAUCAUCCUCUACGACCACGUCCACCCCGUGGGGGCUUUUGCGAAGACCUCCAAGAUCGACAUGAAAGGCUGCAUUAAAGUCUUGAAGGACCAACCCUCAACAAGCACCGAGGGGCUCCUGAACGCUCUGAGGUACACCACGCGGCACCUCAACGACGACACCACCUCCAAACAGAUCCGGGCGCUGCUGCAGUGAGCGACCCCGCCACGUCCCCGGGUCGCCGAUGCCAUGACCAUAGCGCUCAUCUUGUACAGAGGGACAAGGGACAAGGAGGGAUGCGCCGAAAGGCA